AUGCUUAGGGGCAGGGGACACGGGAAAUGUGGCACCGCCUUGCACGGCUCCGUGAGGGCCAUGGGACAGCAGCAGCAGCGUCUCCCGCUUUUUCCAGCGGCGUUUUGGGGGAUUUUUGUCCGUGGUUGGUGCGGGAUGCGGGGUGAGGGAAGGGGAUGCGCUGCGGAGGAGGUUGUGGCAGGGAAAAUGAGGCCUCAAAAGGCAUCAAACCUUCAAGGAAGGUCAGGGGAGGAGAGAGGAAGCCUUGUUUUUAUGAUAGAGACAGGAAAAACAGCGCAGCCCUGCUCGUCAGCUGACGCCGGGGUCGGUUUGGCAGCCUGGGAGCAUCCCGUGAUGCAGAGCCCAGCCUGGGUUUGGACCAGGAGCGUGGCUUGGGAAUGGCGCUGGAGAAGCUGCCGUGGGUCCCUCCGGCCUGGAAUGAAUCUCUCAUCCAAGUAUCCCACUCUCAGGGAUGCUCUGCCGGCAUGCUUUGGUAAUGCAGCGAGAGCUGUGAUGAAGUCACCAGACCUCGGCUUUGGAGCUCACCUGGUGACGCAGCAGGCUGAGCUGGAUCGGGAGCUGGAGCUGAACCUUCCUGGCUUUGCUUUGUUGUGGCUUGGAGUCACAAGCCCUGGCAAAGAGAACAAAGGACAAAGCUCAGCCCAGGCUAAAGGCUGGUGCUGGGCAGGACACAUGAUUUGGGCUGUGCUGAGCACCCCUGGCCCUGCAGGGCUGGGGGGUGUUGUAGAAAGGAGGGUGGGACAGCUUUUCCCUUCCUCAGAGCCUUGGAGAAGGUGUGGAUGCCUCCGUCUGUGCCUGCAGGGGGUUGGCCCAGACAGGGCAGGAGCUGGGAGAUGCUCCAGGGCUGUGACUUAUCUCUGGGCUGACCUGCCUCGCCUGAGUCAUGUGAGCUGGGCUCCGAAUAGCCGGUUUGGGGGUUGGGCUGUUGCUUUUUCUUGA